CAGAAAGAUCCAUCAGAGUCCUCCAGCUGAACGACUGGAUCCUGGCCUGGCUGAUCCCAUCCACCACUGUAUGACUGGUGGCUUCCACAUCUAUGUUCCCAGCACUGUUCUCUCUCCUGAGCUUCCGCUUGGAUUCUCAGUUGCCUUUGAGCCACCUGACUUGAUGGCUAACAGCUGCCUCAGACACAACUAUCUGCUAGUACUGUUUUCCUCCCAGACUACCCUCAGUAGAUCUGUGUCCCUCCCUGGGACCCUGGCAUCACCUACCACUGUUGCCAGGCUUAGCCUUGGCUCUUCUGGGGUGCCCUUCCCUGCCUCGUGCCCUUAUUAACUUCUCACAGUUCCCUUCCCCUCCAUGCAUGCUUCCGUUUUCUGCCCAAAAGAAGAGAGGGCACAUCUUUCCCUUGACCUUUCCCUCACCCACAGGCAUGAGCAGCCACGCCAGGCCUGGAAGCUGUGCCUCUCUCCCCCAGCUCCCCUCUCUGUCAGGCUCCCCAUUCAUGCCCAGUGGGCGCUCCCGUGCUGGCGGGGAGAACCAGGAGGGAGGAAGGCCGUGGAGGCGCCUGGCAGAAUCAGGACCCAGGAGGACCGCGACAGGGCGGAAGUGACAGCACAGACCUAUUAAUAACUCUGGGCUGGUACUGUGCUACAGGCUGGCCUCCCUCUCCUCCCUCCCAUCCCCAAGGCCCCGUGGGGAUUGCAGCUAUUGGCCCAGAGGGCUUGGUGGAGUUGUUGGGUGCUCGUGGGGCAGGCCGACUUGGUGGCUGAGGGCGGCGCCUAGGACACAGGUGCAGUCCUGGCGGAGCCUUUGUGGCCCAUUCCCUCCAGGGCACCAGGCCCGUGGUCAGUUCCGCUGCCGGCCACUGGGCGGCAGUGCUGGUCAAGCCCUCCAGCCUCCAGAGCCGGUCUUCCCAGGCGGGUGGAUGCUCCCUGACUCACCAGCUGCGCCAGAAUGACAUUGUUAGGGCUGGAAGGGCUUAGCCAACAUAACACGAAGACGCAAUUUAUGUAUGAUUUGCGGGUCCGACUGGAAGGAUUUUUUUGUACAUCUACACACCUGUGUGACCACGAUCAAGGUGCAGGACGUUUCCAGCUCCCCAGAGGUUUCCAGUAUCCCUGCCGAUCACUAACUCCCAAAGGGAGCCUUGUCCUGCUUCGAACACCACGGAUGGGUUUUGCCUGAACUUCCUAUGAAUGGCAGCACGCGGUGCUCUUUGGGUCUUCCCUUACAUCAGCCUCAUGUCUGUGAGGUUUAUCCACGUCGUUGCAGACGCCAAGGCGCCCCGAGAGGCACUUCGCUUCCAUGCCGAGGCCAAGGGCUCACAGGUGCGUCUGGACACGCGUGGCUGCAUCGCGCACAGGCGCGCCACGUUCCACGACGGCAUAGUGUUCAGCCAGCGGCCGGUGCGCCUGGGCGAGAGCGUGGCGCUGCGAGUGCUGCGGCAGGAGAGCGGCUGGUGCGGCGGCCUCCGCGUGGGCUUCACGCGCCUGGACCCCGCGUGCGUGUCCGUGCCCUGCCUGCCGCCCUUCGUGUGCCCCGACCUGGAGGAGCAGAGCCCGACGUGGGCGGCUGUGCUGCCUGAGGGCUGCGCGCUCACGGGGGACGUGGUCCGCUUCUGGGUGGACCGCCGCGGCCGCCUCUUUGCCAAGGUCAACGCCGGCUGCCGGCUUCUGCUGCGUGAGGGCGUGCCCGUCGGCGCCCCGCUCUGGGCUGUGAUGGACGUGUACGGGACCACUAAGGCCAUCGAGCUGCUGGAUCCCACAGCCAGCCGGCUCCCAACAGCCAUGCCAUGGGACCUCAGCGACAAGGCUGUGCCUGAGCCCAAAGCCACACCAGGAGAGGAGUGUGCCAUCUGCUUCUAUCACACUGCCAACACCCGCCUUGUGCCCUGCGGCCACACAUACUUCUGCAGAUACUGUGCCUGGCGGGUCUUCAGCGAUACGGCCAAGUGCCCUGUGUGCCGCUGGCAGAUAGAGGCGGUAGCCCCUGUGCAGGGCCCUCCUGCUCUGAGGGUUGAGGAAGGCUCUUGAGAGGAGGCUUCCCAGUACGAGUGGCAGCCCGGGCCUAGAUCUGAGUCUGGCCUCUGCAGAGGAAGGAGGUGCAGCCCUACCUUCUUUCUGGGGAAGACUCAGAAGGGCUGAUUAGCAAGAGGUGCGGCAGAGAGAGGAAGGCAGGGAGGUGCUGUCUGCUGCCUCCACCUGUUCCCUGACAGGAUAGCAAGGAAAAAUCCCUCUUUCUGUCCAUGCCAGAACUAUCCUUCUGAUGGGGUGCUUUGUUUAGAGAUGGGGUGGCCCAAUCCCCAAUCAGUUUUACAGCUGAGGCAGUUCAGGUAUCUGUUGUGUCUGGUGAAGCCCUGUACCUCCUGGGUAUUGAAGAACCUGGACUCGAAGCAGGAGGUAUCUGCAUGGAAUGUGUAAAGUUCCACAUGGAGGCUGGGUUGCCUCCCAACAAGUCCCCAGUAGAGUGGAUCUGUAGUUACCUGCCCUGCCUCCCUUUCAGGGUGGUCACGAGGUCCCAGCGAGACCAUGCAUCUGAAGAUGAUUUAAAACAUGAAGGUGUAUUGUUGUUACUGUGGUAAUUUCCUUGCCAGUUUCUGAGAUAUCAAAAUAAAGUUUGUGUUUCCUGAAUGA